AUGACAAUCAUCUGGCCACUAGGCCUACUACCCACCUUCAUUCUUCUGGCUGCCAGCACUCUUUCCUUCAAUGAUUCCAUCUGCGUAUGGGCGCAGUUUGAUCUUCAGGACUACAUUCUCAAUGCGCCCUCAUGCAGCAUUACAGAUGAGCUUGAUGUCCAAUGUGACUUUAGUAACAUUGAGCCCUCUGAUGGAAACAUUGCUAGUUUCAUCACUGGCUUUGAUAAUUGUCAAGGAGCUGCUACUCGCGAUUCAGAGUUGUCUCUUUCAGCUACCAAUGGAGCUGCUACCAGCGGCGACUACAGUGUCAUCAUUGAUAUCAAUACCGAUUUCGAUUUGACCAAUGGAGAGUCGGAAACUUUUGACUUUUGUCUCCUGACCCAUCUGCGCGAUGCAAACAGCAACCUCAUGAUUUAUCAAGGCCAGAAGAUCAGCUCUACCUUCACGUCGAAUGCAGAAUUCACAGUUUCGGACAUCAAUACGCAAGUCUUUGAUGGUGUGGGCAACGAAGUGGAUUCUGAUUCAAAGAUAUUUUCUGUCACUGCCCGUCGCUGCGAUCUUAGUCGCAAAGAGAUCGCCUCGCCAGCCUUGGGCGUUGGUGCGACAUUGUUCAUUUGCAUUGAUACUCGAUCCCCCAACGUGGUGGUUGCUGCUGUGAACGGUUUUUAUGGACGAAAGAUCAACGUUCCCCAAACAGAUUUGUUGUUAGGAAAUACCGAAAUUCUGGGUCUAGGUACAGAUGCCAUUGUGAUUGGAACCCGCCCUUUUGUGAAAUUCUUUGGUGAUACGACUCCUAUAGAGGUCUUUGGAACAGUGACUCUUGAUAUUGGUAACAACGGUGUUCGAUCACGUCAGCUGGUACGGAUGUUGCAAGCAGACGGUGAAGAAAACUUUGAUGUCGAAGUAGACGUGGAGGUGCAGCAAGAAGUAUCUCCGGCACCAAAUCACUCGAUUAGUACCAGGACGAUAAUGGGUGCUUUGCUGAUUGCCUUGAUUGCCUUGUAG